AGAGUAAAAUUAAAUUAAAAUUUUAAAUGCUGGUAAGUCAGCAUUACUGAAAAGUACCUACUUUUAGUUUUCAUCAGAUUGUCUUCAGCUCAGGCCCUUCCUUCUUUAUCUGCCACUGUGACACAUUUUGGGUACAUGUUCCUUCUGAAAAAGAUGGGAGAUCAAUCUGAGCCUCUCACUGCAUCCCAAAGCUUUCAUUUCUGCCUCUGCGGUCACUUCCUGGAGUCCUCGUGUUGACUGCUGGCCAGGAAGAAUCUCCCAGGCCUGCCCUUUGACUGGAAGAUGUCGGUCCUCGCUACCCUGUUUAAGUAUGUCGAUGAAAAUCAGGAUCGCUACAUCAAGAAGCUUGCGGAAUGGGUGGCCAUCCAGAGUGUAUCUGCGUGGCCCGAGAAGAGAGGGGAAAUCAAGAAGAUGAUGGAAGUGGCCGCUGCAGAUAUCAAGCAGUUGGGCGGCUCCGUGGAACUGGUGGAUAUUGGAAAACAGAAGCUCCCUGAUGGCUCAGAGAUACCACUUCCUCCCAUUUUACUUGGCAAGCUGGGCUCCGACCCUCAGAAGAAGACAGUGUGCAUCUACGGCCAUCUGGACGUGCAGCCGGCAGCCCUGGAGGAUGGCUGGGACAGCGAGCCCUUCACCCUGGUGGAGCGAGACGGCAAACUGUACGGGAGAGGUUCAACUGAUGACAAGGGGCCAGUGGCCGGCUGGAUGAAUGCCCUGGAAGCCUUUCAGAAAACAAGUCAAGAAAUCCCUGUUAACAUCCGAUUCUGUCUGGAGGGCAUGGAGGAGUCGGGCUCCGAGGGCCUGGAUGAACUGAUUUUUGCCCAGAAGGACACCUUCUUUAAAGACGUGGACUAUGUCUGCAUUUCUGACAACUACUGGCUGGGGAAGAAGAAGCCCUGCAUCACCUACGGCCUCAGGGGCAUCUGCUACUUUUUCAUCGAGGUGGAAUGCAGUGACAAAGACCUGCACUCUGGGGUGUACGGGGGCUCAGUGCACGAGGCCAUGACGGAUCUCAUUACGCUGAUGGGCUGCUUGGUGGACAGGAAGGGGAAGAUCCUCAUCCCCGGCAUCAACGAGGCUGUGGCGCCCGUGACAGAGGAGGAGCUGAAGCUCUACGACCAGAUCGACUUUGACCUGGAGGAGUAUGCCAAGGAUGUGGGGGCGCAGACCCUGCUGCACGGCUGCAAGAAAGAUGUCCUAAUGCACAGAUGGCGGUUCCCAUCCCUCUCCCUCCACGGGAUCGAAGGUGCCUUCUCCGGCUCAGGGGCCAAGACCGUGAUUCCUAGGAAAGUGGUUGGCAAGUUCUCCAUCAGGCUCGUGCCCAACAUGACUCCUGAGGUUGUCAGCGAGCAGGUUACAAAGUACUUGACAAAGAAGUUUGCUGAACUGCAGAGCCCCAACAAAUUCAAGGUGUACAUGGGCCAUGGUGGGAAGCCCUGGGUGUCUGACUUCAACCACCCUCAUUACAUGGCUGGGAGAAGAGCCCUGAAAACAGUUUUUGGUGUUGAGCCGGACUUAACCAGGGAAGGUGGCAGUAUUCCUGUGACUUUGACUUUUCAGGAGGCCACAGGCAAGAAUGUCAUGUUGUUGCCUGUGGGGUCCGCUGAUGAUGGCGCCCACUCCCAGAACGAAAAACUCAACAGGCACAACUACAUAGAAGGAACCAAAAUGUUGGCUGCGUACCUGUAUGAAGUGUCUCAGCUGAAGAACUGAGAGGCCCCGUGUCCCUGGAGCACCUCUGAAGGCACCUGCCCUCCACCUGCAUCCUCUCUGAUCGCUCCAGAAGCAGCCUGUCUUCCUCCUCUCUUGUCACACCACACACAGACAUCCAGGAAUGGACAUGGGAGCACCAACCUGUUCCUGAAUGACAUGGCCUACACCGGGCAGUUACACAUGUUCAGUCCUGGGGUAUCAGUGACCCCGAAUGUCAGCUGAAUUCUCCGAGAUGCCCAGCAUGGCUUGGUCUCCAGGACUCACAGCAAGAGUUCUUCUGUAGAAGGUCCUGGUUGACAUCUAGUCAGACUAAACAGAGGCCUGCUGAUCCUGGCCCCACCUCUGCCUUUGAUUCAGGGUCAUGCACACGGAGUGUCUAGGUGGGGCGUGUGAUGAGUGAGGGCCUCCCUUUCUGGUCCCUUGCUGUCCUGCAGUUCUGUCCUUUACUGAACACUUUAACCCUCCUGUCUUCUUGCUAACCCUCCAAACCUGAACCUAACUGGAAGGAUCAUGUGGUCUGUCUGUGCCGAUGAAUAAAAAGUACAAAUGGAGCCUCUGGAAGCA